CACAGCUUUACCGCCAGAUGUUUCUUGUUUUCCGCUUCGUCCGAGCCCCACUCCGCCCACUUCUGAACCACGCCCGCCGAGUGACCUCGUUUUGGUCAGAUACAUAAAAUCAUGCGUCGUCUACUGACUAAUUCUAGAAAUCCCGAAACAACGGAUUUUCGUGUCAAUGAAACAGUGGUUUCAGCGAUCCCAAGCCUUACAGCAGGGCCUAAAAGUGUUCAGUUUUCAAAUCGGGUAGAAGUUGUGAUGGUUGAUGCGGAGAAUGAGGUGGAUAACAAUAUAAACACACCAGCAUCCGAACAACGUCGUAACUCGACAAGUGGUCGCCGCCCAUCGUUUUUGUCUCAAGUUCGUGAUCUCAUCCAUCCACGCACCGGAAGUCUAGGAGCCAGUAUGUUCCGUCGUCCAGAAGCCACAAGACGUGUACAGGUGGCUGAGUGCAACGUGGAAGCGGUUUACGAUCUUCGAGACAAACAUGCACACUUCUACGAUGAUGACAAUGGAUUCCGAAGACCGCGAUCCAAUAGUUCGGAUUUGUUGAUUCUGAGGAAAACGUCUCGUCCGAUCUCGUUCAAUGUCGUUGGAGUUAUUGAUCAAAAAACGGAUCCCUAUCAUCAGUACAUGUCAGUCGUGGAUGUGUAUGAACUUUGCCCAAACAACUCAAAAGUGAUCAUUAUUGAUGCAUCGACUCCUACUACCCGGGCAUUCAGAAUCAUGAGAGAUCACAACAUCACAACUCUAAUCGUUUGGGAUACCAGUGAUGCUCGUCAUGUGAAGAGAAACAUUCUAACUCUCACUGAUUGCCUUAAUGCGAUCCGAAACGAAACACCACCGGCAGAUGGUCAAGUUCUCAGAGCUUCGGAUAUCUUGAGUGGAAAUCAACUGGUCAGUGUCUCAAUCUCGUCGAAAAUUCUGGAUCUUUGCGAGGAACUUCAUCAGAAUCGUCUGCAUCGAGUCGUGGUCUUGGAUGAUGCGAAAGAAGUUGUCAACAUCAUUUCUGUUCGACGUGUCAUCGCAGCAAUUCACAAGCAAAACAGAAGUCUUCACUUUGCACAGUGGCUGUCCAAAUCGAUUGGAAUGUCUGCCAUUGGAACAUGGGAGAAUGUUGCAGUGAUUUCUCAGAAUGAAACCGUAUACAGAGCUAUGGAGGAUAUGUUAGGAUUCCAUUAUUCCGCGCUUCCAGUCGUCGAUUCCAAGCAAAAUGUGAUCGGCGUUAUCACGAAGACAGAUAUUUGCAAGGCACUUCCACGUAACUUCAUCGAACCAAAGCGUUGGCUUCAGGAGACUAAAGUGUCUGAUAUUCUUCACAUCUGUAAGAGUCAAAUACUGAUCUCGUCGGCUGACAGCGUUGGGCAGGUUCUAGACACAUUACUCGCAGGAGACACACAAAGUGCAUUCGCUAUUCACAAUGGAAAGGCGAUUGGUGUGAUUUCUCUAACAGAUUUCCUAUCACACAUUCUUCGUUCUCCAUUGGCAACAACUGAUGAAGAACCAUCACAGGAGCCAGCGAUGCCACCCACUCCGGAAUCCAAUUCGAGCAGCACUGAAAAUGUCUGCAGCAAGCUGAAGAAUCUUUAGAUUUUCCCAAUAAAUAUUCCCCGUUUUAUCCAUGCAUUUUCUCGAUUUCCGUUGUUCCAUUCAUUAUUUAUCCCGAUUCCUCGUUUAAAAUAAGUAGAAUUUCAACCGUUUCCUAGCUUUUUUCUCCCAGUUAAUCUUCAUCGUUUCGCUCAAUGUUUACCAUUUUCCUGUAAUAAUCAUAUUCUUGUUUUUUUUUUUGGUUUUUCCGCAUCAUUUCGGUCCCAUUUUUCUCUUCUUACAACACCUAGAGCUUUACUGCUACCUCUUGGGGAUAAUUUGUAACCCCAAAUUUCACUUUUCAUGCCUCCUGACAAAUCACAUGCACUUCCAUAAUAAUGUACUUAUUUUCUCGGUUUCUUCUGUUCCUUCUUUUCCUGUUUCAAAUUGAUGUUUCCCCCGAUUUUCAACUGUUCUUGAAUUCUGAAGUUGUUCCUUCUUCAAAUGAGUAUUUAAAACAAUGUGUUGUAGAGUGAUUAUUUUCAGAACAAAAUGAUAUCUGAAGUU